GGAUAAUAUAUCACAUUCGAUUUUGUGCGAUAAAAUGGAAAAUUUAUCAAGGUUAUCUUUAUGUUUUUCCAAUUCUUCAAGCAAUGCUUUUUAUUUUUAAUGCCAUUUAAAAUCGAUCAUAUUCCACAUGAUACAUUACAAUUUGUUUGAGAAGUGUGGGAUUAUAUCUAACAUCAGAACACACCUGCGCCAAAACUUGGUGAAUGCUUUGAAGCAUAAGGAUCUGACUCUGUGUAAGAAUAGAGAAGCGAAAUCAGCAAAACAAUAUGUUUAUGAUAUGUUAAUAGCCGAAUAUCUGUUUAGUCACAAUUAUUCCUUUACUCUGUCGAUAUUUGCUAGUGAAGUACCACUCUUGGUAAACUUUUGCAACAGCAUACCACAGGGCUCCUCUAAUGACAAUGACAGAGGUAGUUGUAGCAAUAAGUUGCAAAGUGAUUACAUAGUACAUACUCUGGAAACAUUGGGCAUUGAUCCAAACAGGCCCGAGGGCCAAUAUAUUAUAUCAAAUUACAUGAAUACUGAAGCACCAUUGUUGCUAUCCAUUUUAAGCUCUAUAGCUUCACUUGUGAUCAACACUCAGUCCUCGGUUAAAAAUCUCUUGUAUGACAAGCAAACGCAAGCUAAUUUGGUUCUGGAAGCAAACCUUGCAGACAUGACGAAAAUGCGUGCAGCAAGGAAGAAAAUUAUGCAACAGAAACAACUGUACGAUGAUGAACUGAAAACGAAAGAGAGCAAAUUAAAGCAGCAAGCCUCUGUCAUCAAACAUCAACUUAGUUUAUUAAAUACAAAAGUAGCAGAGGCUCAGAAUUUAAUGCAAUCUUUGAUACUGAAAGAAAAGCAGCUGAAUGAAAAGAAAGACAGCAAUGCACAAUUUAUCUUGCGGAAGGAGAUGGAGCUAUCUAUGAAACAGAAUUUCUUAACGCAAGAAGCUAAUAGAUUACAGAGAGAACGGGAUAGUUAUAAGAAAUUCGAGGGCGGUUUGAAGAAGUUACAACGAGAACUUGUUAAAAUGCAAAAAGAGAUGCCGCAAAGCGCGUCAAAUCAGUGCACUCAAAACAAUGUCAGGGACAUUCAUGUACAAACUGAUCUGGAGAGUCACGCGAUUAUAGACGAGUGCAGAAUUCUGCAACAGGAGAAACUGGAAUUGACGAAUCUCGUGCAGGAACAACGAUUGAGGAUAGAGGAGAUCACGCUGCGCAGCGUGCAAUUGUCACGCCAACUGGAGGAAGCCCGUUUAAUUGGAAUCGAAAUACCGGCGUCUGUUACUCAAGCUGUCAAUGCGAACGCAACGAUCGUCAGCGAGAGCAGUUCCACAGAGGAUAUUCUGAAAGAUGCGAAAAUGCGAUUGAAACGCCUAGAAGAGGAGAGCUUGAGAGCUGAUAAAUAUUUUUCCAAUUUCAUCAACACAUCUUCGUAGCAGGAAUAGAACAUUCUACAAU